AACUGCAAGAAGGACUAUGCGAGCUUUGGUGGUGUCUUGCGCGUUCCACUCCCCGUGCCAGCGAUUUGCCUCACGGGCGGGAGUGGCCAUUCGGCCGUGCUCGGCAGCGCUAGACGGCCCCGGAGGGCCCAUCACCGAGGCGUCCGUGCGAAAACGAUCGCAACGCGGGUCGCCGGUCUUGCUCAGAGACAUCUUCGGCACGCGAAGCCCAUGGCUAGGCAUGAAGAGGCUAGAGCGAGCUCCCUUACAGCGUCUUGAUCGCCUUCAAGAAGUAGCAGAUCUAGCCCUCGAGGAUAGGGUGGAGUCUGGUGGCGGAUCUUUCGGCUGUGCGGACAUAGGAACAGAUCACGGACUACUCGCGAUCUGCCUGCACGCCAACGGUGCCAACGUCAUCGCCGGCGAUAGGGCGGCCGGGCCCCUGAACGUCGCACGCCAAAACGCCAAGCUUUACCUGAGACACGCUCAGCAAGCACCUUUUUCCGUGCUCACCACCGCGGCUGCAGAAAGAGGAGCACCCGCCGGUAAAAGCGAGUGUACGGGGACCCCCGACGCUACUGCUGAAACACUUCUCCGACCAAUAAAUGAAGGUAGUAGCGGCGAAGGGGUAGGGAAUGAUGGGGCUGUCGCGGACGGGGUUUUCCCGCGCUUGGAGUGCCGUCUUGGUGAUGGGCUAGCCGUGCUGGAGCAAGGGGAAGCGGACACAGUGUGUAUCGCGGGGGUAGGUGUCAAGACGAUGAUACAGAUUCUCAGCACGAGUACGAGCGACAGCAGUGUCGAUGUAACGGAUAGCCCAGAAUCUUCGCAUGGGCGGGGGGUUCCUGCACUGUCCCGUCUAGGAGUGCGACGGCUUGUGCUGCAGCCGAUGGACGCUCGACUGGAAUAUAUGCGCGACCUACGCGUGUGGUUACGAGAAAAUGGUUGGCGAAUAACACAGGAAAAAAUCGUGUCCACACUGGGCAAGGGAGGGAGACACGCUUUUCUGACGCUACGAGCGGACUGUACGGAAACCUUGAGGAGCCUCAAAAGUGACCAGGGGGUUCCACCCUUCUCUGGACCAGAGUGGCCAACAGGCAUGCCACAGGAGGAGUGGUCAGACUGGCUUGGGGACUUUCUGCCUUCGCGAACCAUGGACUCCGACCAGCUGCGCAUCGGAGGGCGAGGUACAGAACGGCAAGAGGCGUCCACGUUUCUUGCGUACCUGAGGCACCAACGAGAUUGGCUGACGGCUAUCGAGCGUGCACGUUCGCGGACGAGCCGCGGGGUAACCGCCGAAAGGCAGGACUCCACUGCUGUUUCGGAGGGCGUCGACAGCGUGUUGAGAGCCGUCGAAGAUGCCAUCAGAGUAUCAGGAAAAGAUGGGUCGGAAGAGAGGCUUGUCACGUCGCGACGAUGGAGGAGAUCUUCUAGCAAAACCGAUUAA